GAAACUUCUCUUCGGCUCAGACCUUCGUUCAGAAUGCUGGAGGAUAUUGGCAGAUCCGUGGUCAUAGACGUUGACUCGAAUAAAUUCAUAAUCUUCGCAGGAGCUGCUACAGCAGAAGAAACUACGAAGAGGAGUCGACAUGAUUGAAAAUGAUGAGUGUAAGUAUGAGUAGUACUUGUAGUUAUUGGAGGAAGAUGAGUGACUACAACUUGUAUAUUUGUACAUGUGGUCGACAUUCACACGAAGAUAUUUUCACAGUCGUGCCUCCCACUUCUCCUUGGGGGUAUUCAUCAGGCUUCUACUUCUAACGCUCGUAAAUGCUGUACUACAAACCAUAUGCCGUCCAGUCAUCUUCUGAACGUUCAAUGCUGCGGCAAGAAGCGCCUCGUCUUCGACUCUGCUCUGGCUGAGCUCUCCACUCUCCGCGGUGAGAAAAUCGCGGCAAGCUCUGCCCGCGUCACUUGUCGCGACUUUGCAAAAUGUGAAUGCUUGCAGCCUUGCGACUCCCAUGAUGUGGAUGCUUGGAAAGUGCAAGGAGGACGGGCGGUAGCUUUUCACUAUCAGCGUCUUGGCUUACCAGUUGCAGUGUUAGAUCGGGGCGAGCAGGAGACACGAGCUCCCAGAAAUGACGACGAAAGAAAGCAAGCUCCUCGCUCGGCUGCCCCGGACGAUACCGCUUGCAGACAAGGCGAGCGCACCUGUAUAGCGCGCUCCGGCGCUGCGUGUGCUUUGCCGUUCCAGAGGCCGACCAAUGCCAUCGCAAGUAGCAGCAGCGCGACCUCUUUUUCGUCCUCGUCGGCUAGUGCGUCGGCGUUUCAGGAUUCCCACAGGGACAGCAACGUGCGCCGGUCGGACAAUGCUGGGAAGUAUGACCAAACGUUUGAUCGAUUGUAUUGGGCGGGGCUCGAGCUCGUUCGCUUGCCGAAUACAUCGGAGCCCACUUCUUCCGGUCAUUCCCAGCGAUCUACAUCUAGUUGUAGGGCUGCAUCUGCUGGCGCUCAUCUCGGCGAGCCGUUGCGCGGUCUCACGCUCGUCAGCUUUUCACAGGCUUGGUGGGACCAGUACGAGGCAAUAUUAGGAGACCUAGCACGUAGAGCGAGGGCGCGCGUUGGGGAAGCAAAAAAGUACGCUGCCACUCAAGAGGGAAAGGUUAGGAAAAUGCAUCUUCUUGGUAAUUCUUAGGGGCUCACGUUAUGCUAUCCCACGCCUACCAGUUAUAGUGUAGUUUUCAGUGGUGGCGACGUUCGGCUCUGCCAGCUAUUUUUGGAAAAUGAACUCCUGCGCCCAUAUUUAACACGUUAUUGCAAUGCAAUUGAUAAAUAAUUGGAAUUGCUCCGCCUACGUACUUAUAUUAAAGAUAAACCGAAUGAAGAGGAUAUGCAACGACAUCAAACUCAAAGCAAGCGCCUACUAGCUCCUCUACCUCUGAUGGAGGGUGGGAUCAUUCAGGAAGGUGUUGCACUGACUGGUCUUUCUAUUGCACAUUCUAACGCAACUUGUUAUGCGAAGGCAACCCGAAGCCAGAGAGUGAACUGGGACGCGCUCGGGUGGCAUUUUGAGUUUCUGGCUGAAGAGAUGGGUCUCCCAGUGUUUUCGAGUGCGGUAGUGAUGUUUGUCCACGAAACGAACGAAGUUCGGUCAGUAUUUCUGCCCUUUCCGGAUGUCCCUGAGGUAUCCUGUAGAAGUGGCGCGGGAGUGACGAAAACCGGCGCGGCGUCUUCGUCUCCGACCAUGGGGAUACUACUAAGGGAAGGCGCGGUGGGCGCCUACUCUUCAAUGAGAAUGAGCAACUAUACAGCGCCGCGAGGGCCAGGGCAAGCGAGUACGAUUACGGCAAUACCAACUGCUCCGCAGCGGUACGCGCGAACUGCGCACGGGUCUUCGUUUGGCGAUAAGAUUAGUGAAAUGGCGCGAGGGUGUGAAGCGUUUGCGCAGAGCGUCUGGCCGGCUGGCAGUAACGCGCGCGGCUACAGCUUGAUAGGCGCAUGCACACGAGGACACAAAGCCGCGGAAGGGCCAAUGUUGAUGUGUGGCACAAAGGCGGCGGCAGGCCUUGGGCUGAUCCAUGGGAAGGACUUCAACGGGAAUCCGGUCAAGAUUGGCGACGUGUACCCAUACAAUGCCAACAAGCCACGAGAUGAGCAGUUGGAUGAGAUCGCUGCUGCGUAUGCGACUCGUUUUGCUAAGCUCGAAAGUGCGGCAGUGCCGAGGGGAGCUGAGAGCCGCUACGCCAUCAUGCAAACACUGGAUCCGUCUGGAAGAACAGCCUGCGUCGGCGGCAAGGGGAAGCAUCGGGAGUAUAAUGGCACUCAUAAUCUGACAAAAACUUUUUCUUAUGCUGUCAUGUGCCACGCAGAUUCGAGCGCAGACGGCACACUCGAGACCAUCGCCUUCUACAAGCCAUUGCGCGACCCUUUUGAGCGACACAGUACGCAAAAGCGUGAGGAGCUGCCGCCGGUAGGACAUGGCUGGUUCUUCGUUGCGGGUGGUAUCUUCGACAUGCCGCGCGAGCCGGGGCGCGGGUGUCUGGUCUGGGUUGCGUCGUGUAAUCCGCGGCCUCUGUUUCAUGGUACUCUUCCAAGCUACACAGGCGGCGCCACUGAUCGGCGGCAUUAUCUACAUAGUGGCAUCGGUUCGGCCUUGUUGUGUCAGAGGAAUCUGGUCAAGUCUUUGGCGCUUUCACUGGCGGGCGAGUCUUUGCGCGGUGGUGGUUUGAAUAAUGUAAAGGCGAAGAAAGGUAAGGUGGAGAUCUUUGCGUGUCCAUUCUGCCGCAGCUUUUGUCUGGGAAAUUGUGAACAGCGAACGCAACAAGGCGCUUCUAUGACGCGAUCAGCCGGGCUAAGAGCAGACUCUGGUGCAGCGGCGUCGUCUUCUUCUUCAGCUACCUCGUCCAAUAGCAGAGGCCCUUCUGUGCGAGCGAGAGAAUUAAACGGCAGCGCUGCGGCUUCUGCAGUUACUUCAUCUCAGAAGCACAAUACCAAUCUCUCGCUCCCAAAAAGCGAAAAUAUGCAGCAGCCAAAACAGCGACAAGCAGACUCGAGAUUGGAGGGCGCGGGAGUCUCGUCAACGUCGUCCUCUGUGCCUUUAGCGAACGCUUCGGCGAAUACUAGUCGACAGGAGGAAUGUCGACCGCUAACGGACCUUGAAAUAGGUAAGCUGACUCCGCAAGAGGCGCUUGAUUACGACAAAAGGCUGAUGGCUUGGGUUAUCACUCAGUCUGCAACCUCCGAGGACGCUCUUGUAAAUGAUGAAAGUAAAGGUAAACAGGUUCUCGUGGGCCAACAAAAAGCACGAGGUGCGCGGUCUCGUGAGUUUGGGGUUGGUGACAUCCGUAAUCCAAAUCCUUAUCGGCGUCACUCAAACUUUGCUUUGGACUACAUCGACAGCAGUCAGGACCUCGACGACGUGAUCCGACGGCUCUCCUCCACUGCUGAUGUGCACAGACAUCAUGCUACAGAGCAGCAAGAACAAGAAGCAAAACUAGCUCUGCAUAAUAAAGAUUAUAUGACUCAUAGUACAACAACAACUACAACAACAACAGCUGCUUCUAGAGAGAAGCAGGAUGCACAAGUUGUAGCAGGCCUAGGAGCGCGCCUCCCGGGGGCAACCUACUCCGAAAGUCAAGAUAGCGAGGUGCAACGGGCACUCCAUCUGAGCAAGAGAGAGGAAGAGGAGCGCCGUGAGCAAGUUGAAAACGAAAAGAGGGUUGCUGCGUUAGAAAUGCAGGAUGUCCUCGAGGCGAGUCGUAGAACGGCGCAACGUGAGGAGGAGGAGCGUCGAAAAUGGGACGCCGAUCUUGAGAAGGCGCUAAGCCGAUCCCUGCGGGGAGAGUUCGCUCCGAUGCCAGACGAAGAGUGGGUGUUUGAUGUCGAUGACGAAGAUGUGGAAGCCAUGGAUGAGGAUGACGAGAACGCCGCACUUUCAGGAGAGACGAGCGAGAUACUCCUUGACGUUGAGGAAAGACGAAACCCGAAGCGGCAUCAGCCCAGCAUACCUGCUGACGAUGCACCGCGGCAAAAAUACCCCAAACUAGAUUCUACUAUUCAACAAGUAGUUGCGUCACUUUCACCAUCACGAUCUGCACCUCGCCCCUUGUUGCCUAUCAAAGAAAGCGGCAGGGGCGCUCCAUCCAACGGCAGCUGCGACGACAUCAUCGUCUUGGAUACAGAUUCACAAGAGCAGCAGCAAAUAGUCACAGAUAUUCUUGAUCGGGUCAAUGUUGAAUCUAGCACUGCGGCAGUAGCCGAGGAGAAGAAGAAUAGUAGCGGUUGCACGUCGACUUCACACAACGACUCAGUAUCGAGCAGGGUGAAGGAUCCAGUUGGUCCAUUCGCCGCGGCGUCACUCAGUGCUGCUGGAAACCACCAAGGUGGCGCUCAUCUUCCUGUUCCUCGCACAAUCGACCGAACGCGUAAAAUUGCUUCGGGCUCAGCAGCAACUACAUUCGGGGACGCCGAAAGUAGAUACCCUGAAUCGACGAAUCGUCCACCUGACGCAACUGAAACAAGAAUCGUCGAAGGCCCUGCGACGGACGAACAAGAUCAAGAGGACGCUGAAUUAAAGUUAUGUUAACCGUAAUGCUGAUGGGUGUUCAUUAAAUUCAAAUACAGAAAUUUAAUAUGUUCCACCACGGGUAGUUGUUAAAGUUAAUCAAGAACAUCUUGACGUCACUCGAAUCAUCAACAUGAACAUGGUGCUGGUGGCUCAACAAAAGACUAGAAGAGCUUCUAACGAAUCGAGCCCUGAAGCUGUCUCUUAUUGCGGCGGCUAGGCAGACGCCGGAGACCGACGUCCCUGAUGAAGAGGAGCAAAUCCGAUUACUCUUGGAGAGGUCUAUGCGGGAAAAGUAG